CGCGCCGCAACCAGCAAUUGCAUCGCAGUCUUCGACAAGCUCCGUGCAGCUAUGCGCUCGAACGACAGCCAGAAGAUCAUCGUGGUGGGCAUCCCCAAGACGCUGGAUGACGCGCAGCUGUCUGAGCUCUUCAGCGAGUUCGGCGCCGUGGCCGAGGCCAAAGUGGUGCUGGAUGCAGCCUCCAACUCGUCGCGCGGCUUCGGCUUCGUGACGUUCACGGCUGGUUCGGCCAUGCGCGCUGCCAUCAAAGGAAUGAACAAGAAGGUGAUCCAGGGCCGCACACUGAACGUGCGACAGCUGGUGCCCAAGGACCAGUUCCAGGCACAGAAGAAGGAGGCGCCCGACGCGAGUCAGCGACCGUGCUGGCUGCUGCGCAAGGGCAAAUGCACCAAAGGCGAUAACUGUCCGUUCUCGCACGAUAUUAAGGACGGCGAGUUCGGCAACUGCUUCGAAUUUGUGCAAACUGGAGAAUGUAAACGUGGAGAUAAGUGCAAAUUCUCGCACCCGCAGAAAACGGAGGAAGGAGAAGAUGAUGAGAAGAAGGAGAACGUCAAGAGUGAGGCGAAACCAGUGGAGAAGCGCGUGUGCUACAGUUUCCAGAACGGACGGUGUCAUAGAGGCAAGAAGUGUCUGUACGCGCACGAGUUGCUGGUGAAUGGAGAGCAGAAGAACGAAAAGAAGAACGAGAGGGUGAAGAAGCAGCCGUUCGAAGUUGUAAACGAGAAGAGCGAGGCAGGAAAGAAACGGAAACGACCCGAAGAGACGGAGAGUGAAGAGGAGGUGGAGAGUGUGAAGCAGAAGAAGCCACAACCUGCUGCUGCGGGGCUGGCGGCGCAUGUGAACAACUUUAUGGCGAGUCAGAAGCCAGUGACGCAGCAGAAGCCAAAGUCUGAGCCGAAACAGAUGAAGCAGCAGAGUGGACCGAAGAAGUUUGAGUGGAAAGCCAAGGUGCAGCCGAGUAGUCAGAAGCAGGAGCGUCAACAGGUACAGGUGCUGGCAAAGGAGGAAUACGAAGUGCAGGAGGAAGUACGGCGUCCGGUUAAGAAGAUCAAGACGGAGAAGAUCGAUAUGGGAGCUGCGUUUGACGGGGUCUCGGACGACGAAUCUGGCCCAGUACGUGGUGGCAAGAAGAAGAAGGUGGACAAGGAGACGAUGCGCGCGAACCGUGAGAAGCUGAAACAGGAUCGUCGUGCCAAGCGGAGUGCGAAGAAGACGGCGCUGUCGAAGCUGUUGACGAAGGGCGAAGUCGAGCUGGGUGUUUGAUGAUAUUAGGCGCUGCAAUAGACCUCAUAAUGCGAGAGAUUCAUAGAAUUGAUAUUUUUAUGGUGGUAA